AUGCUCUGGCAUGACUCAUGCAGAACUGUUUUGUUGCACCAAGGUGAGACCAAAGCGACCAUAAUGAAAGCAAUGCGUCAUUGGGAAAACCACACGUGUCUCAGUUUUGUCGAACGGGAGCCCCACCAUAAGUCCUACAUCAUCUUCACGGUUAAGGCCUGCGGAUGCUGUUCCUAUGUGGGUCGUCGAAGUGAAGAUGAACCACAGGCGAUUUCAAUCGGCAAAAAUUGCGACAAAAAGGGAAUCGUUAUCCACGAACUUGGUCACGUCAUCGGAUUCUGGCACGAACACACUAGACCCGAUCGGGACGACCAUGUCGAGAUUCUUCUGGAGAAUGUUGUUGAAGGCCAGGAUUUCAAUUUUAAGAAGAUGGACUCGGGCGAGGUUAAUUCCCUGCGAGAGCCCUAUGACUACAGCUCGGUUAUGCAUUACGCCAAGGGUACCUUUGCCAAACCAAACAAGGACGAAACAAUCAGGCCCAAGGCAUGCUGCCCACGUCCUCUAAUUGGUCAGAGAAUUCAACUCAGCCCCGGGGACGUUAGGCAAACUAACAAACUCUAUGGUUGUCCGAGUGAGUUUUCUUAG